CUGUGCACAGGCGCGGGGCUACGGGAGCGCGCACGCACGGAGAGAGCCACCUGAAAUCCCAUCUUUCAUGUGACACUGGAAACAUGCUGACAAGAGUAUCUAUGAUUCCGGCUCUGAGACAAUGUCCUGGGCUGAGAGGAGGAUGUGUGGCCGAACUGACGUGCGGGUACUCCUCUGAUAACCGUGAAAGCAGCUGGCUUCGCUCACUGUUUGUGCGGAAAGUGGAUCCUCGCAAAGAUGCACAUUCAACUUUGCUUUCUAAGAAGGAGACCAGUGGACUGUACAAACUUCAGUUUCAUAAUGUAAAGCCAGAAUGCUUGGAUGCCUAUAACAAACUGACGGAAGAGGUCCUACCCAAGCUGCACCAGGAUCCAGAUUACCCAUGUGACUUGGUGGGUAAUUGGAAUACGUGGUAUGGGGAGCAAGACCAAGCAGUUCAUCUAUGGAGAUUCUCUGGGGGAUAUCCUGCUCUCAUGGACUGCAUGAAUAAAUUACGAAAUAACAAGGAAUACCUGGCUUUCCGCGAGGAGCGUAGCCGCAUGCUGCUCUCCCGCAGAAACCAGCUUCUUCUCGAGUUCAGUUUCUGGAAUGAACCAGUACCUCGUAAAGGACCCAACGUGUAUGAAUUGCGCACAUACAGGUUAAAGCCUGGAACAAUGAUUGAAUGGGGAAAUAACUGGGCUCGUGCUAUAAAGUACCGCCAGGAGAAUCGGGAGGCUGUUGGAGGAUUUUUUUCUCAGAUUGGAGAGUUAUAUGUGGUGCACCACCUUUGGGCUUACAAAGAUCUACAGUCUAGAGAAGAAACUAGGAAAUCGGCAUGGUCAAAACGUGGAUGGGAUGAGAAUGUGUAUUACACAGUUCCUCUUGUCCGUAACAUGGAGUCUCGUAUUAUGAUUCCUCUCAAGAUCUCCCCUCUCCAGUGAUCUUUUCCUCCACCUGACCAAAUAACUUCAUAGUGAUUCCUGUACUUUGAAUUGUAAAGGACUGUGCACCUUAUUUCUGUAUUGAAGAUUUCUGGCUGCAAUAAAAUGCUGAUCUCUGUUUGGCUGGAACUUAGCCAGACAAAUGACUGAAGAACUUGUUUUUUAGAGCAGUGCUAUGUCUAUUACAUCAUGAUUUGCAGUAUCAGUGCUAGAUUUUUGAGGGUAUUUUUGAUGUAUCCAGUUUGCUCAGGGAGUCUUUAAAAGAAGAUUAUCAUAAGCUGCUAAAGUAAACAAUAUAUUAAACAAUUAAGUGCUGAAAUAAGCACAAUUUUUUGUCCU